AUGGUUAGCAGCUCAUUACUUUCAUCCGUUGCAAGAAGACUGGAAGGGAAGGUGGCCGUGAUCACAGGCGGUGCCGGGGGCAUCGGAUCUUGUACUGCCAAGCUUUUCUGUCAGCAUGGUGCCAAAGUCCUCAUCGCAGACAUUCAAUAUGAAAAAGGCCACUCCAUUUGCAAGGACCUAGGCCCUACUUCUGCUUCCUUCGUCCACUGUGAUGUCACCAAAGAACUGGACGUGGGCAAUGCCAUUGACAAGGCUAUUUCCAAGUAUGGGAAGCUUGAUAUCAUGUUCAACAAUGCCGGUAUUCUAGGGCCCUACAGACCUAAUAUACUUGACAACGAUGCAGAUGAAUUUGAGAAUACUAUGCGGGUUAAUGUACUGGGGACAUUCUUGGGCACCAAACAUGCAGCUCGUGUAAUGGCCCCAGCUGGCCGCGGAAGCAUAAUCAAUACUGCUAGCGUUUGUUCAGUAGUUGGUGGGGUCGCAACACAUUCCUAUACAAGCUCGAAGCACGCCAUAUUGGGGCUGACGAGGAACACAGCGGUUGAGCUUGGGAAGUUUGGAAUUCGAGUUAACUGUGUCUCACCUUAUUUAGUUCCGACAUCGCUGUCAAGGAAAUUCAUGAAUUUAGGAGAGGACGACCCCUUUGUAAAAGUUUAUUCUAACCUCAAAGGAGUGUCUCUCGAGGUUGAAGAUGUGGCGGAAGCUGUUCUAUAUAUGGGAAGUGAUGAUUCUAAGUAUGUGAGCGGGCACAAUCUUGUUCUUGAUGGUGGUGUCACCAUUCUUACACCUUCUAAUAUGUUUGAGAUGUGA